AGAGGUCACUCAGCCCAGGAGGAGGAGACAGCAUCUCUGACAGAUUUGAGGCAAUUCAUCUGGACCAACAGGAAGCCAGUGGCACAUGUCAAUCAAGUCUGGCCGAACCUGUACAUCGGAGAUGAGUCUGUGGCGAGAGAUAAGCCCACACUAUCAUCUCUGGGUGUGACUCACAUUGUGAACGCUGCAGCAGGACGACAUCGGAUUAACACAGGUCUGAACUUCUACAAAGACCUUGAAGUGGUCUAUCUCGGGGUUGAAGCUGCAGACCAUCCAGAGUUUGACCUUCGACCUUUCUUCCAUUCCUCUGCACAGUUCAUAGACAGCGCUUUGAAGCAGAACGGGAAGGUGUUUGUGCACUGUGCCAUGGGUGUGAGCCGCUCCGGAGCGCUGGUUCUUGCAUAUCUGAUGAUCUGCCACGGCCUGUCGUUGGUGGACGCCAUCAUCGCUCUGCGUCUGAACAGAGACAUUGGACCCAACUCUGGCUUUCUGGAGCAGCUGAGGCAGCUAGAGCUGAGCCUCAGAGCACAGAGCCGAAACAUUACAAAGGACGACCACACUGAUGACACACCAUUAUAAAGAACACUCCCCCUGUUACUCACCUCUUUUAUUUGAAUGCACACUUUCUUUAAGAGCAAUUCAGACUAAGCUUCUAAUCUUGCAGAUGUCUCUCCUGUGACGACAAUAAGUGAAAUUUAGCAACUGAAUGCUUCAACUUUUAUGUCUCCAGAAAUAACUCUGCACUGAAAAAUGUGACCUGAUCUCCACACCUGUCCAUGCAUGAGUGGCAUUCUUAGAAAGGCAUUAAUGCAACAUGAUU